GUUCAAAACCCAACCAACAAAUCAUGACGUAAUUUUGAUUGUCUUGCUAGUAAGAAUAACUGAGAAUAACAGCGAGCAACAGUGAGGUAGUGAGCGCAGAAAUGCCAUUCUGGGAUCUCGUUCGUGGAAUAUUCGGUGGAAGAAAUUCAGAGACACCCCAAAAUAAAUGGUUCUUCGAACACCGUGACAAUUAUGACAGAGAUAAUUUUCGAAAUCCAAUCUGGCAAAAUGAUGAGGACGACGAUGACGUUGAUGAUUUUAGGCACUCCAGAGGUGGCUUCCACUUUCAUAUCUUCAGCGAUCCGUUAGAAAUGACACGAUACUUUGAAUCCCAAAUGGACAAUAUAUUGAGAAACUUUGGAUAUAAUUUUAAUAUGUUUGAAUAUGGCAGUGAAGGUGAAAAUACAUUUAUGAAAGCACUUCCUUCUAUGCCAUCAGGGCAAGAAAAUUUACGCGACAAAAUGUUGAAACCAUCCAUCAGUCUUGACAAAGUAGAUCCAAAACUAGAUGUGGACUUAGAUGGAAAGGUUACCGUAGAUAACUUUUCUGAAGUUUGGGAUAAGUAUAAUCAACCAAAAUCUCCAGAAGUAUUUGUAACGAUAAAACAGAAAUUUAGGGAUAGCGAAGGAAACGAGGAAACAAUUGUAUCCCGACAAAUUGGUGAUAAAAUGUACACUGUUACAACAAAAAAAGACAAACACGGAGUAGAAACCAAAGAAGAGAAUCUCGUUAAUAUGGACGAAAGUGAAUUAAAAGAAAACAAAUGGUUAUCAUUAAAUAAAAGUGGUAGUUUUUAUAAUUUUAACUUGAAUGAUUUUAAUUGGGAAAAAUUUUUUAAACCAGAUCCGAAAUUGUAGCUAAAAUAGCUAAAGCUAACUUGAUUUUCUUUUUUGUAGAUUAUUAAUGGUUGCUAUAUUUCUGUUUCAAAUAAAAAAAAGUUGAAUUUAAAAUUUAUAUAGUAUGUGAUAUAUAAUAAAUUUAUUUUACUCUUGCAUACUUACUGUAAACUAUUUUACUCAAUAAAGUAUAUAUACACGUA